UCUGGCAGCCUCUCAACCCUGCGAGUCGCAGGGGAGGCGCUGCGCCCCCGGCCCGAGCCGAUCGGGGGCUCCUGGAGCCAGCCUCCCUCCGGAACGCGCGGGAGGACCUCCUGCCGUCUGACUUGAGUCCUGCUGCUGCAGUGCACGCCCCUUCGGCAGCCAGGGUGGGGCCCAGAGCGAACCUGGCCCCUCCCGCCCCCACCUCGCCUUUGGGUCGCUGACCCCCAGGCUGUGGUGAGUGAGGGUCCUGGAGCAGGCACCACGGAGCCCUGGCGACCUCUUCCACCCACCCAUGCCCACCCCGCAUGAGGCUGAGAAGCAGCACAGAGGGCCGGAGGAGGCAGACCAGCCCCCCUCGAUGUCCAGUCAUGAGGCGGCCCCCCCGGCUCCCCCCAGGCGCAACCCCUGCUGCUUGUGCUGGUGCUGCUGUUGCAGCUGCUCCUGGUACGUGGCCUGGGGACACCCAGUAUGCCUGGGGGGAGGGGUGGGCUCGACAGACCUGGGACCAGGGUCCUGGUGACCAGCAGCCAGGGCUCAGGCCCCUCUGUGCCUGUGACUUCCAUGCCUGGUGUGCCUAAGGCUGUGUCCAUGUGUAGACACCUGGCCUGUGUGGGGUGUCUGUGGGUGUGCGUGUGCGCGUGUGAGAGAGAACCAGCACAACAAAGCAAAAGCAGGAGUUCCCGUCGUGGUGCAGCGGAAGCGAAUCCGACCAGGAACCAUGAGGUUGUGGGUUUGAUCCCCGGCCUUGCUCAGUGGGUUAAGGAUCCAGCAUUGCCGUGAGCUGUGGUAUAAGUCAAAGACGCGGCUCAGAUCUGGCGUGGCUGUGGUGGUGGUGAAAGCCGGCAGCUGUAGCUCCAAUUAGAUCCCUAGCCUGGGAACCUCCAUAUCUCGAGGGUGUGGCCUUAAAAAGAUCAAAAAAAAAAAAAAAAAGCGAAGGCAAUUCCUAUAGACUGCGUCAGGUGCAAGGGCUUUGAGCAGAGGCCUGGCCCUGGGACAGGGCGGGGGGUGGGUGGACAUGGAGCCAACUGGUUUCUAGGCACGUGGAGAACCCAGGCGGGAGUUUUGGUGCCUUGCAGAGGCCUGGCCCUAGUCAGGCUUCCAUCCCUCGGCUGUUGAGGGAACCCUAAAGGGCAUCAGCUGACCAACAGCAACUGAGGCCUGAGCCCUGGACCCAGGCCUGAAACGAGUCGGCCUGGGGAUGAGACGUGAGGCCUUGGCUAGUUAGGACCCACUGGGAGUUGGGCUGCGGGGGCCAAGAGAGGACUUCUGGGUCUGGCAGGCAGGGGGAGGGUGAGAACUGAGUUCUGUCUGGACUUUUGGGUCUGAAAUGUCGGUGCCAUUUCAGGGGCCCUGGAGGGAGACCCGGCUGGAGGUCUGGGUUAGGGAGCUACACCCUGUGGUGCCGGGAGCCAGGAGACGGAGGGGGUCCCCAGCAAGAGUCAGAGGCCGCAGCGGGGGGUGGAGGUCCCCAGUCCCACUGCUGGCAGGGCCUCAGGCACAGGGACGGGACCGAGGGCUGUCCCACAGCGGAUCUGCAGGUGUCGAGAGCCCCUCGGCCCUGUGUGUGUUCGUCGUGUGUCGGUGUCACCAUGUGCUGAGCGUCCUGGCUCACACGUGGCCGCAGAGGGCCGAGCCACCUUCCUCUGCCAUCAGGAAUGAAGAGCGGCGGCGGGCAUGGCGGGCCUCGCGGGAGAGCAGGCCGCAGCCCCUCCCCAGCUGCGAGGUCUGUGCCACACCGAGCCCCGAAGAGGUGCAGAGCUGGGCACAGUCUUUCGACAAGCUGAUGCGCAGCCCGGCCGGCCGCGGCGCCUUCCGGGCCUUCCUGCGCACGGAGUACAGCGAGGAGAACAUGCUUUUCUGGCUGGCCUGCGAGGAGCUCAAGGCCGAGGCCGACCGGCACGCGGUGGAUGAGAAGGCGCGGCUCAUCUACGAGGACUACGUGUCCAUCCUGUCCCCCAAGGAGGUGAGCCUGGACUCCCGGGUGCGGGAGGGGAUCAACAAGAAGAUGCAGGAACCGUCGGCGCACACCUUCGACGACGCGCAGCUGCAGAUCUACACGCUCAUGCACCGGGACUCCUACCCGCGCUUCCUCACCUCCCCUGCCUACCGCGCCCUGCUGCUCCAGGGGGGCUCCCCGUCCUCCACCGAGGCCUAGGCUGCCUCCCGGGCGCCUCCCGCAGGCACAGACUCCUUUCACCAGAGGGCCCAGCACCCGCAGGCAGGAGCUCGGGCGCGGGGCGGCUCAGAAGCCCCCCUCUCCACCCAGGGGACCUGGUGCCCUAAGGUCCUGCCGAGAGGCAGGUGGCAGGGCCUCUGCCCCGGCAGCCUCUCCCGCCCCAGCCCAGCCAUGGCCUGCCCGCUGCUCCUGUGGGGCUCCCCGCUGGGAGAGGAGCCGCCCUCCCUGGAAGCAGCGCAGGCCUCCCUGAGCCCUCUCCCCGGGCAGCUGGGGGCCCCAAGAAACGCCUUCGGUGGAAAAGAGACCCUCUGUGCUGUCUGUUCGCCGUGUGAGAAGACCUGCACCCGGCGCCCACUGCACCGGCAUCAGCCGAACCUCAGAGCCAGGCUCACGGCACAGGACCCGGUUUCUCUUUUACAUGUUCCUUGAGUUUAAACCAGGAAACACGUCCUCACUGUGUGUUUUAUCAAAAAAGAAAACGUUUUCAUAUUUAACUCCACCCCAAAAUAGAACCUUAUGAUUGAAGAUA